CGGACUGUACCAACGGGUGCGGGCGAUGCACGUAACGAAAUAGGAGUAUAUAUAUACCUUGUUCUUGGGGAGAACAGUUGCACGAACUCGGCGACACAACCUACUAGAUCAUAUCGAUCUGUUUCUUCUCCGGCCAAGGAAGAUGGAGCAGCAGAAACAAGGGUUGCCGGGGGUCAACCUUGCUGUCGGCGUGGUGAUCGUUGGAAUACUAGCGUUCCUCCUCUUGGCAGUUGUACUAAUGGCGCCAAUCAUCAACGGGCCACCGGAUCCUAACAUCUCCAUCCGGCUCGUAGGUGUCGAGGGGCUCGACCCGCGCCUGCCUGCCCCGGUGCCGCCGGUUUUCGACCUCGCCGUGGACGUCGCCGGCGUCUCACCUCGCUACCAUGCCUGCGGCGGAGGCGGGGGCUCCAAGCUGCGCGUCUCGUACCAUGACAUCGUACUUGCCUCGGCCCUGGUGCCGAGUUUCUGCAUCGACGGCAAGCUGCUGGAGGGCGGCAGCGCGGCCGGCGUGGUCGUCGUCAAGGCCAGAGGUGGGGCUGACGGCGCCAAUGCCAUGAUCCGGGGUGACCUGCGUAAUCUGAUAUGGACCGAGAGGCAUGUUCUAGGAAAGGUCAAUUUCGAUGUAAGUGGGAACUUGGGGAAGGAGUCCGGCUUAGGUGAUUUAAGCUUUAGAGUUUCCUCCAUUGAAGGUGCGUAAGAUCAUCGAAAGAUAAGUUGUUUUAGGGUGUUGCUAAUUAAUCAUAUAUACACCCUACAUCCAUUGUACAAUAUUUUUUUAGAAGAAUAUUUUUUGAAGAAGUUAGAAACGCCUAGAGAUUUUUCGGCUAGUUCCACAAGAUGGUGGAUUAGCUGGUCUUGAGUUUAAAGUCUCAUUCCUUUUAUUUAUUUGAUAUUAGAUCAUUUCCUAAUAUUUAUAUUUUUUAAAUAUUUUUCUAGAAGAAGUAUAAUAUAGCUGUUCUCUUUUUAGCCUUUGGCUCUAAUGAACAAUGCAACCACGGUCGUAAGCACACGUGGAGAUUGAAUAUGUAUAACUUUAACUCGGUGUUAAUUUUAAACUCUAUGUA